CAAAGUUCUUGAGUUUCUUUGUAAUAAAAAACAAUGAACAGAUCGGUUGCUUUCUCCGCGUUACUUUUGAUCCUCUUUGUGCUCACCAUCUCUGAUAUCGCAAGUGUGAGAGGACAACGAUGUAGGAGAGUUAGCAAGACAUGGGCAGGCCCAUGCCGUUAUGACGGCUGCAACAAGCAAUGUAGAUCAUGGGAGACUGCAGCUGGUGGAGCUUGUCGGACGGGUACGUGUCUUUGCUACUACAACUGUUCAAAGGCUGAAAAACUCGCUCAAGACAAGCUUAAUGCCCAAAAUCUUGAUCGCGAUGCCAAGAAAGCUGUUCUGAAUGUUGAGCAUCCAUGAAAGGGUCGGUUUCUUUAAAUAGAUACUCUAAUAACACAAGUGGGAAUAAAAGUAGAAAGUGUAUGCUAAUCGAAACGUUAUGAACUUGUGUAAUAAAUGGAAUAAAUAUGAUAACAAGUUACUUAAAUUAGAAAUGAA